GGUGCUCAGCUGGGAACAAGAAGAGAGUCACCAGCUCUGAGGGAGAGGACGCACACACAAUAUGAGAGACAUGGGAGUCUGAUCGGCGCUGGAGUGAGUCGUUCCGUACUGUAGGCUGCUCUGCAGAACCGUUUCUGGAGGGAAACACAGGGGCUGGACACAGGAGACGGACACAGGAAUUCCAGGUCACAAGGGCUCCUGUGGCAGAGCACGUCUUGGCUGGGUUGGGCUGGUAUUCCAGCCUCUCCCUCUCACGGUCAUGAGUGUGACAGAUGUAGAGUAGGACCAGAGAGGGAAUAUUGCGUUAGAACUAAGAGGCUAUAGAGUUUACCUUCAAGGGUCUGACCUGACCCCCCCUCAGGAUGGGAUCCUCCGUGGAGUUUGCCUGUUUGCUGUUGGUGGUUUCCACUCUGGGGAAGAAUCACUUGGUGUCUGGGGGUUGUUCGGGGAAAUGCUGCCGAGGCAGAGACCUGAGCUGUCUGACCACGGACUGGAGGAUGGACCGUGCGUACGGGACAUGCUACUGCGACGAGGGCUGUGUGAGGACCAAGGACUGCUGCUUCGAUUACUUCACAGAAUGCCCAGCUCAGGACUGUGCUGUGAGCGACUGGAGCUUUUGGAGCGGCUGUGCCAAGCCCUGCCAGCCUUCAGUGCGGGUCCGUGUUCGUCACGUAGAGCAGCAGCCCAGCAACAGUGGAGAGCUCUGUCCCAGUCUAGAGCAACGAAGCGGCUGCAGGGAGUACCGAGACCGCCAGGGGGUCCACUGUGGACUGCGCUCAGGUCCUGCAUUCAUCACCAGCAUGGAGUUUGGCAAGGGGAGGCCGAAGCGUGACAACUACGGAUACCCACUGGACCCUGGGUUCUGUGUGGAAUUCACACUGGAGUCCCGGACACCCCACUGUACAGUGGAGAACCGGCCACACACACACUGGAUGCGCUACAUAACAGAAGGAUUUAAAGUGUGUGUGGCAUGUGAACCUCCUGCCAUGCACAACAAUAGUGGCAGCUGCCAAGGAGAUGGUCUGGAAUCAGACAAAGAAGCGUUGCUCCACUGGCAGGCGGUGGGGAACCAUCAGUGUAGCGGGACAUGGAAGAAGAUCCAGAAAACCCAGCAGUGCAACUGUCCGCCACAGCACAGCUUCGUCUUCAUCUGAUCGGAACAAAGCGCCACAGAACAUUCUCUGAUCUGGUGUCCACAAUAACAUUUCACAGCGACGCUCCCUCGUCAGCGAGACUGAAGUACUGUGUUCAGAUCAGAUGCUUCAAAAGGCGUUCAACUCCAAGAGACUCGAGACUUGGCUGUGUGGUGCAAUGCAAUUUUGUCUCUAAUAUAUAAUAUGCUACCGAUAUAAAAGUAUGUUUAACUCACUGCGAUCACCAUGCACGUUUCCACUGUUCUGUGUAACUGUGCGGCACACUAUGUAAAGACACUGUAGUAAACUGUACAGUAUUUCACCCUUUUUAUUACACAUUAAGCACCCGUCAGAGGAAAUCAUAAUUUUAAUUGUACCAAGCCAAUGUUGUAUUAGUUUCCUGCAAUGUUAUAGCACAAUGUUUUAACUUAAAAUUACAACAAUAUUUUACAUGUGUGAACUGAUUUCCCGCCAAGAAAAUAAAAACAAACAAACAUGAAAUGUUCUCGAUGAUAGAAGCAACACAAACAGCAGAGUUCAGUGAAUUGAGUGCCGUCUAGUGGUAUGAAAUAUAUUUGAUGCCAACAAAGCACAACACAAAAGGAUUUAUUUUAAGAGUUUAGCCGAUGUGUUGAAAGGGGUUAAAUGAGUGAACUAUCAAAUGUAUCCCAUGAUAGAAGGCCAUAGAUAUAGCUCAAAUAAUCAUUGUGUUGAGUGCCCUCUAGUGGUAUAUGUUCUUGGUGCAAGAGAAAUGAAGCUAUGGGCUGAUGAAGGUUAGGUCGAGCUGUAUUUACAGGUACAUUGCAACAAUGUAAAAGUUAGAGUGACUCUCCCUCUCUAGCCUACUUUAUGCGUCUUCAUUAAAACUCUCCAGCGGUCUUUGAGCAUGGUGCCAGUGCGCCCGUCAAAGUCAAAAUCCAUUAAUAUGCGAGACCAACUUCCCUGGCCGUGACGUUUAACUCCAGCCUCAAGGUAUUUGUCCAGCUGGAGCGUCCAUUUCUACACAAAGUAAAACAUAAAGGAAUUACAUUUUCAGAAACCCGACACAAAUUUAGCAUUUGAGUGAUGCUUCAUAUCCUCACUUGAAUUGGGAUUAUUAUACUGGUCAUGAAUGAGGCGUGUGGUUCAAUUUACCUGAGGUGGUUUUCGGUUUUUUUUUACCUUCGAGGUGUCCAUUGACUUUGCGGACGUCACUUCAGAUAACGCUGAUGGUCGGAGGUUUAACAUUGCCAUUAUUAUAAUUUUUGUGUUAGAAAUAUAAUGUGGGGGCCUUUAUUUUAUAGAAAAAAAUCAACAGAUAACAUCUAAAUACAAUGUUUUUAGUAGAAAAAACAAAAAGGCAGUGAAAAGAUCAAACCUACCGCUGUGGGGGAUUCUUCUGAGAGAGACAAACGACUUCUUGCACGAAUCUGUCGGCAAUAUAUCCAAUGUUUUAGUUGACAGUAGUUUCCGUUUUGUUCUGUGGAAGUGUCAUAAAGUGCAACAUAAAUGUGUGUGACCCCACAACAGACACAGCAAAAGACAUUUCAACACAAACGUCUACUGACCUCAAACCAACCGCCUUCUUCUCAUUUUCCCUGUUAAGACAUAGAUGUACAUAUAUUGUUCGUUACGGAACAGAAAUGGAUCACAUGCGAAAUCCAAUAGAUAAAACUGUGUGUGUUAAACGUUAUUUCCUACUUUCUGUUCUCUUUUGAUAUGUCGGCUUCAUCCCAACAUUUCAACCGUUCCCUUUUUAACGACUGCGCCUCCUUUGUGGCUUCCUGAUAGAAGAGGCAAACAACAACAACAAACACACACACAUAUUAGUUACUCAAUGUUACAUUUUAAUACUCUUCCAAAACAAUAAACUUCCAAGCUUUAAAGAAUAUUUCACCCACAAAAUGACUACUUCU